AUGCAAACCACAGACAUUAAUGACAUUCCCGUCAUCAGUAACAUACCUACUGGACUUUCGCUAACUAUUCCUGAGAACUCCGCUGUUACAACAACAAUACUGGACACAGCUGUUACUGACGGGAAUGCUGGAGAUUCCCAUACGUUCUCGGCGGUGUUCACACCGGCAGAGGGCGCAACAUACUUCAGAAUCAUUACCGGAACUGGCGUUAUCAGACCAACACAAGUUAUUGAUUAUGAGGAAUUGCUUGGUAAAGGAAUAACUUCGUUCACUGUCGCCGUGACAGCCAAUGAUGGACGGGAGGAUUCGGUCACUAAGUUCUUCACAUUAGCAGUCACUGACGUCAACGAGCAACAAACGGGGUUUUCGCAAGCAACGUAUCAAAUUUCAGGAUUAGAGACCACCACGACCUUCGCAGACCUCAGUCCUACGUUGGCCAAAUCUGUGAUCGAUCCUGACGACACAAGAGACACACAGACGCUGACCAUGGAUUGUGGGGCCAACACGGGGUUGUUCUCCAUGGACCCCAGCACGGGCCGCGUCACCAAGACAGCGGAGUACGACCUUGACGCUACUCAACAGACGUCAGAUACCGUCGCGUGUGUUGUAACAGCAACCGACGAAGCAGGACACACUGUAACAGCCGACCUAAACAUCGUCAUCAACGAGGAGAAUGACAACCCGCCCGUGCUGGACAAGGAGACGUACACGUUCUUCCUGCCCAUCAACACAGGGGCGGGGUCACAAUUCGGUCCGUUUUCCUCCACUGACGCCGACGUGCUUACAGACCACACAGAUACUACGUACACACUGACCGGAGGAUCGGGUCUGUUCGGCUUAACGGACUGCUGCAGUGUCUUCAACAAUGUCAACUUUAGCACAACAACACACAAUGUAGGCGAUUCCUUUACAAUGACGUUGACCGCCCUUAACAAUAAUGGCCUCAAAGACACGGCCACAGUUAACGUCAUCCUAAUUGAUCCUAUCACCACAACAACCGCCUCGACCACAACUACAACCACCACCACGGCCUCUGCCUCGUCACUAGCGUUUCCAAACUUUGGUGGCAGUGGGAGCAUUUCUAACUUCCUCGACGACCCAGAAAAUCUGGGCUGGUUUAUCCCGACAAUGAUCUUGCUGGCUGCCAUGUUGGCGUUGCUUGGAUACAUGAUAUAUAGAUGUAUACGGAACCCCGGUGCAUUUGCAAAACUAGGAAACCUUUGCAAAGGAAGAUCAUUAAAUUGUAAAUGGCCAGAACGCAGCAAAAUGGCUACCAAGACAAAGAAAUCAAAGAAGAUCAUACGCAAACGCAAUAAAGAAAACAGGGUUCGCCAAGAAGACAAAAACGAUGGGAAGUACGAAUGGAACAUUUGGUCCCACUCCGACUUCGGAAACAAAGCCGUCGAGCAUCGAUAGAGAACUUUGCAGUUGAUUGCGUGUGGUCCAGACUUCAGUGAUUUUUCAUGAUCCCGUAAACGUACAGUAUAGACAUUCUCAGUUAGCUUCUUUUGUGCUUUCUGCGUUGCCAUCAGCUGAAUUAUCACUGUACCAAUUGCAGUUGUGUAUAUUGUUUUUUAUUUCAAGUUUUGAUGACUACACUCUGUCAUAUUGAGAAGACAAAUUAUCAAUAAAAUAUGCGUACAUCAUAUGUAGGGAAUAGUAACCAUAUUGAUAGGUCUUUUCGUCUACAAGUUUACUAUGUGCACUGCGGAAGGAAAAAUAUGGAGAUUAUAAUCAUGAUGCAUGUAAUUGUGGUAGGUGGAUUAUUGUGUGCAGCAAUAUAAAUGAAAUGUGACCAAUGGCGUACCAUUAUGCUAAACAUUAAAAUGCCGAGCGGCGUCAUGUGACUAGACAAUAUAAUGAUAUAGACAUGUGCAUGUUGUGUUAACCAUAUGAUGUUUACAUCUUUUGUUUACAUUUUGUGUUAUGUAAUGAUUACAUUAUAUGAAGGAAAUAAAGAUUAUUCAGUUUUUCGUUCCUUGGCUUAACGUCGAACUUGUGUACAAAUAAAAAAUAAUGGUUUAAUAC